UAUUAAAACGGAAAGUGGGAGGUCAAAUAUGACAGUUAUGAGGCAACAAUGUCGCUGUUUGAUCAUGUGAAUAGGAUGUUGUGAAACUACGCUAACGAUUUCAAAUGUUGCCACUGAAUGAUUUUGUGUCUUGCUUCUGCAUAGACUGAAGAAUGUCAAGACUAUCUUCGGUGGAGUCCCGAGUGCCGAUCUACCAAAGAAGUGUCACUGUUUGCAGCCAACUUGAACAAUAUUGAGACAUCUUUCCAAGCUUCGUUGGCCUAGUAAGAAAUGUUAACUUUAUGACAGUGUUAAUGCACUGUUGUCUGUCCAACAGCAUAGCAGAAGUGUGUUGAACAGGCUACACCGCAGAAUUGUGAGUCAGUGACCGUAUGGACUCGGCGCAAAAAUGCUUCAACUCGGAGACGAAAUCGCCCUAUUCUCUGUGGUGUUCGCGUUCGUUCUCCUCGGAACACGGAGCCCGAUAUGGUCCACCGCCCUCACCGCCUGCCUCUAUGCCUUUCUGAUCAUGUUCCGUUUUCCCCAAGUCCCGACCAGCCAGGCGAGACAGGUGCUUCGGCCCGCUAAGAACGCUGCUUCGGGUGGGGUGUCCCUAGUCGCUCACCGGGGUGGAGGGCAUGAUGCGCCGGAGAAUACCAUGGCUGCCAUCCGGGAGGCACAUAAGAACGGGGCGACCGGCGUAGAGCUGGACUUGGAGUUCACAUCAGACGGAGUCCCUAUUCUGAUGCACGAUGAGACUGUAGACCGAACCACCAACGGGUCGGGACCCCUCACACAGCUAAGCUUCUCUGGGUUGUGUAAACUGGACGCUGCCGCUAAGCACCGACUCCGUGACAAGUUCCAGGGAGAGAAGGUCCCCACUCUGCAGGAGGCUGUGGAGGAAUGCAUCAAACUGCAGCUCACCAUCUACUUUGAUGUCAAAGGUCACCCAGAUGAGGCAGCGGCAGCCCUAAAGGAGAUGUAUCAGAAACACCCUGUGCUUUACAACACCAGCAUCGUCUGUUCCUUUGAGCCCAAAGUCAUCUACAGGAUGCGUCAGGCUGACCCGGAAGUGGUGACGGCGCUGACCCACCGGCCAUGGAGCCUUAGUCGGUUGGGUGACGGCACGCUGCGCUUCUCGUCGCUAUGGAAACACCACUGUAUGCAGGUGCUAGACGUGAUACUGGACUGGGCCCACCACCACCUGCUCUGGAACCUCUGUGGCGUCUCUGCCUUCCUGGUGCAGAAGAACUUCAUAUCACUGGACUAUGUCCAGUACUGGGCUCAGAGAGGGGUUGAGGUGGUGGGCUGGACAGUCAACACAGCUGAGGAGAAACAAUACUACCAGGAGAUACUCAACGUCAACUACAUCACUGACAGCCUACUGGAGAACUGUGAUCCUCACUACUGAACAGACAUCACACACAGAAACCUGCACAAAAUGCACACACACACUGAAGCGAGUUAAAAUCCCACAUUGGAUACAUAUGGCUUUAACCCUGUGUUACUUAUCUUACUGUGUAUUGUAUGCCCAAGAAACAUGAUACAAAUAUUCAGUCCAUUACAAAGCCUUGAACUUAAAGGGUGACUUCAUUUAGUGAACAACGUGUCUCCAGGUUCACCUAUGUACUGUGAUAACCAACUCAGGAGUGUACCUACUGCACAGUUACAUUUGAGUCAUUUAGCAGACACUUUUAUCUACAGAGAUUUACACUAGUGAGUGCAUACAUUUUCAUAAUGGUCCCCCGUGGGAAUUGAACCCACAAACCCUGGUGUUGCAAGCCACCAUGCUCUACCAACUGAGCCACAGCUCGUACAUAUGUCAUAUUUUGAAUCCAUGACCAUUCCCAUUGUCAAGGAUCUGUGUAAAUAUGAACACUUCAUUUUCACACAGUGCAAUAAUGUGCUUUUCUGAAGGGAUAGUCUAACUGGAAUAAGGAAAAGUCUGUGGGCAUCCAACCACCUUCCAAUGAAAUACUAACCUAAUAAGAUGCAUUAACUUGAAUGAAAUAAUCUUAUAGGAAUGGAAAAAUAAACAAGUAGAUUUGUUCA